GAAAGAAAUAUAUUGUAAAGCUUUAUUUAUAUACUUAUAGUAGUAGUAGUAGUAUUUAUCCAACUUUGUACCUUUGGGUAUUUACCUUUGAUUCUCUGCUCCUUCAUUCUCAGUCUCACUUGCUUUUCAAAAGGUCGGAUAAUUAGAAGAAAUUAAAACUCUAAACCUCAGGCGGAGGAGGAGGAGGAGGAGUGAGUGCCAUUGUUCCAAGGAUUUGCUUUCCGGUUGCUGUAUAGUUUGAAAUAUUUGUCAAAAGAAAAACAAUGGGGGCUCUUGCUUCCAUUCUUGAAUCUCUUGCUAGCAAAGCUGCUGAGUACAUGGUUGACUCCACUCCAGAACAACUUGGUUACUUGUUCAAUCAUGAGAGCAAGUUUCAGAACCUUUGGAGUAAAGUUCAAGAGCUGAAGGAUGCAAGACAAAGGGUGCAGCAAUCUGUUGAUGAGGCUAAUAGGAAUGGGGAAAAGAUUUUCGAUGAUGUUGAAAGGUGGUUGACAAUGGUGAAUGACAAUAUCUCUGACCAGGCUACAACACAAUUGCAGGAGGAUGAAAAGAAAGCGAUGGAGAGUUAUUUCGCUGGCUUUCUUCUUGGUAUCAAGUCUCGUUACCAUCUCAGUAAGAAAGCUGAAAAGGAGAUGGAGGCCAUAACCCAACUCUUGAAUGGAAAGGAUCAAUUUGAUAGAGUUUCCUACCGUUCUGUUGUUGAAGGGAUGAGCAUUAGACCUGUCAAAGAGUACGAGGCCUUUGGAUCAAGAAGCGAUGCUUUCAAUGGGUUGAUGGCGGCAUUGAAUGAUGAUAAUGUCAACAUAAUAGGAGUGUACGGGAUGGGAGGUGUGGGCAAAACCACACUUGUCAAAGAGGCUGCCAGACAAAUCAUUGCCAAGGAGAAAAAGCUGUUUGAUGAAGUGAUCUUGGUUGCCAUAACACAAGCAUCAAACAAUUCAAAUAUUCAGAAUGAGAUUACGGAGAAGUUAGGCCUGAAAAUUGAGGAGAGGAGCGUUGAUGUACGAGCUGCCCGGCUACAUGAUCGGCUAAAGAAAAUCAACAAGGUUAUCAUCUUGGAUGAUAUUUGGGAGGAACAUGACUUGGACGCACUUGGAAUUCCUUCUGUAGAUAAACACAAGGGAUUGAAGAUCUUGAUGACGUCUAGGAGGCUCGAAGUAUUGAAGUCGAUGGGUUCUCAGAAAAGCCUUCCAAUUGAUAUCCUGAAAGAAGAUGAAGCAUGGAACCUGUUUAAGAUCGUGGCUGGUCCUAUUGCUGAAAGAUCUGACUUGCAGUCUAAAGCAAAUGAAGUCGCCCAAAAAUGUGCAGGAUUGCCGAUCGCUAUUGCAACAGUUGCAAAGGCUUUGAAACAUAAGGAGAAUUUGCAUGAAUGGGAGGAUGCUCUGGAGCAGCUAAAGCCCUCUGAAAUAAACUUCAGGGGGGUACCAGGUGCUGUGUAUUCAGCUAUAGAAAUGAGCUACAAAUAUUUGAAAACAGAGGACCUUAAAUCAACUUUCUUGCUCUGCAGUAUAAUGGGUCAUAAUGCUGCCAUUGAAGACUUGCUGAAAUAUUGCACAGGCUUGGGCUUAUUUCAUGGUCUUGACACAGUACAAAAAGUACGGAACAGAGUAUUAACGUUGGUUAGUGAGCUCGAAGACUCUUCUCUGCUACUUGCUGGUUCUACCCCUGAAUGCUUUGACAUGCAUGAUGUUGUUUGCGAUGUUGCCAUUUCAAUUGCUUCUAGGGACCGUGGCUGGCUUGCUUUAGGAAAGGAAGAUGUAUUUGAAGGGUGGUCAGAUGUCGAAACAAUGAGAAACUACAAUCUUGUUAGCCUACAACAUACUAAGGUUAGUGAGCUUCCUGAUGAGUUGGAAUGUCCGAACCUUACCUUUUUCGCUAUGGUUAAUAGGGAUUCUUGUUUAAAAAUUCCAAAUAACUUUUUUAAGGGUAUGAAAAGACUCAAAGUCUUGAGUCUCGAGAAAGUGAAUUUAUCGUCCGUGCCUUCUUCCAUUGGUUCCCUAAGAAGUCUUUGUACGUUGCGUUUGAUAGAUUGUGGAGUAGAAGAUAUAGUGAUGUUAGGAGAGUUAGUAAAUUUAGAAAUCCUUGACCUCCGUAAUUCUGGUAUUAGACUGCUCCCAAAGGAGAGGUUAAAAUUGCUAGACUUGAGCUAUUGUUACAGUCUUAAAGUAGUAUCACCAAACGUGUUGUCAAGUUUAUCAAGAUUAGAAGAACUAUACUUUUUUCAUAGCUUUGAUAGAUGGGAGGUUGAGGGAACUGAUAAUCUUAUAAGAAGCAAUGCUAGUCUGGUUGAGUUGCAGCAUUUGUCACGUCUGACCACUUUGAAAGUACGUGUUCCUAAUGAACAAGCCAUGCCAGAAGAUAACAUUUUUCUUGGAAAGCUGGAAAGAUACAAGAUUUGCAUUGGAGAUGGUAAGUGGUAUUGGACUGAGACGAGGACGGAAGCGUCAAGAAUGUUGAAGCUGAAGAUGAAAAGAAGUAGUAAUUUGUUUAGUGGGAUUAAACUAUUGUUGAGAAAAACUGAAAGUCUGUACGUAGAUGAAGCGGAAGAUGUUAGGGAAAUGCUUGACGACCCAGUUAACCAAGGCUUACCACAUUUAAAGCAUCUCUAGCUCUCGAAUGUCUCAGAUAUGAAAUUUGUGAUAGGCUCCAGGAUGUUUGUUUCUUGUUUGGAGUCAUUGGAUCUUCAUAGUUUGAUGAAUUUGGAGUCAAUAUGUGAAGCUCAACUCAAAGCUGAAUCAUUUGGGCGACUAAGGUUCUUAGAAGUCAGCGAGUGCAAGAUGUUGAAGAAUUUGUUCUCCUUCUCCAUAGCCAAAAGGCUUCGCCAACUUGAAGAAAUUGAGGUAUCACAUUGCAACAACAUGAGAGAGUUCAUAAUUGUUGAAAAGGAAGAAGAGAUUGGCGAGAAUGAUAACUUAGAAUUCCCUCAAUUACGUUCUUUAUCGUUACGAUAUUUGCCCACAUUCAAUGGCGCCUGGUAUUCACAGAAAACCCUUCAAUCUGUCACGUGGCUUUUCGGUAAAAUG